UUCAAAAAGGAAAGAAUGGCACGCUUUCCUUUUCAGGACUCAGUUUCCUCUCUAAGCCUAAACUUUUUUUCCGUGCUGAACAGUAUGCAACAAAUUACAUAUAAAAGAGUCCAAUUUUUCUUUUUUAGUCUCAUUUUAUCAUUAAACACACUCAAUUCAUCUCUACAAUGACUAUUCAAUCUCUCUUCAACCCAAUCAAGAUCGGAAGACAUGUACUUCAACAUCGUGUUGUCUUGGCUCCCUUAACUCGUACAAGAGCUACUCUCGAAGCUGUCCCUAAUGAUCUUCUUGUUGAAUAUUACAAACAAAGAGCAAGUAACGGCGGUCUCUUGAUCACAGAGGCUGUCUUUAUUGAUCGUUUAGCAGGUGGUUUCAUUCAAGGUCCUGGUAUUUUCAACAAGGAACAAAUCGAAGGCUGGAAAAAAGUGACAGAUGCUGUUCACGAAAAGGGUGCUAUCAUUUACUUACAACUGUGGCACAUUGGACGUGCUGGCUCUCGCAAAUUGAAUCCCAAUGGUGAACAGCCUGUUUCUGCCUCCGACAUCCCUAUUAAAGGCAUCAACUACUUUGCUGGUGGUAGUGAGCAUGAAGUACCACGCGCUUUGACUGUGCCUGAGGUCAAAGAAUGGGUCCAAAAGUUCCGCCAAGCUGCCUUGAACGCAAUUGAAGCUGGUUUUGAUGGUGUCGAGAUCCAUGGUGCUAAUGGUUACCUUGUUGAUCAAUUCAUCAAUUCCAACAGCAACAAGCGUACUGACGAAUAUGGUGGAAGUAUCGAGAACCGUGCUCGCUUUGCUCUCGAAGUGGUUGAUGCUGUCGCUGACGCUGUUGGUGAUGACCGUACCGCCAUCCGUUUCUCACCUGGUGGGUCUUUCCAAGAUAUGGGAGAUGAGACCGUUGUCGAAACCUGGAGCUACUUGACCUCUCAACUUCAAAAGAACCAUCCUGACUUGGCCUACCUUCAUUUUAUCCAAGCUCGUGCCAACCUCCAAGGUGAUGAAGAUAUACUUAUUGAAGAUACAUUAGAACCUUAUCGCAAGAUCUGGAAGGGCCCUUUUAUUGCCUCUGGUGGUUAUUCCACUGCUCGUGAAAAGGCUAUUGAUUACGCUCAAAAGCAUGGAAGCCUGAUCUCUUUUGGUCGUGCUUUCAUUGCAAACCCUGAUCUUCCUGAACGCCUUCGUAACAAUUGGCCAUUGAACAAGUAUGACAGAUCCACCUUUUACACUCAUGGUCCUGAAGGCUACAUAGACUAUCCUUUCUACAAGGCUUAACUUCUUUUACAUAUACACAUUGCAUUAGACUCCAUCAUUCUACUUUCAAUCAUUCUAUAAAUCUUGUAGUAAUAAAGAUAC